AUGUCCUCACAGCCUCUUCUCCAGACAUCCCAAGGUAAACGCAUCGCUCUGCCCACACGAGUCGAACCCAAGGUCUUCUUCGCCAACGAGCGCACGUUUCUGUCAUGGCUCAACUUCACCGUCAUCCUGGGAGCAUUGGCCAUUGGCAUGCUCAACUUUGGCGAUCGCGUAGCCUUCAUCUCGGCCUUUCUCUUUACCGGCGUGUCCAUGCUGGCCAUGCUGUAUGCGCUGGUGACGUAUCAUUGGAGGGCAAAGUCGAUACGUAUGAGGGGCCAGGCAGGGUUCGAUGACCGCUUCGGACCUACCUUUCUGGCCAUUAUUCUUCUCUUGGCCGUCAUUGUCAACUUUGUUCUGCGAAUCACCGAUCACUCCAACAAGCGAAAGCACAACUGA